AUGGAAAUUAAAUCUAUAUACCCAAACAGUCUUAUAUUUGAUGACCUUGAUAAUGGUAAUUUUUUAUCAGAAUCUGAAUUAUACAAAGAAUAAUCGAGCUAACAUGAUGCAUAACCUAGUUAGAAUUUUGAUCAUCUUGAGCAGCAGAUUUCGCAGCAGAAUAUUUAUUAAAGCGGAGAUAACUUCUCUCUUCAAGACUUUAAAAAGUAGAAGAAAGGAAGAACACUACAUUUGCUUAAGAAUUUCACAGAAGAAAUGAAACUGCGCUGGAACAUGGAUCAAGUGGAGAUCAGGAUUCACAAUUAUCUUGAUGAAAAUUAAGUCUAUAUAACUGAUCCGAUGCAGAAACAAAUGGACUAUUACUAAAGAAUCAAAAGCCAAGUGAUAUCAUCAGUCAUCUUAUCUAAUUAAUAGUGUUCAAGUGACGAAGAGGGUUCUCGCUCGUAGAAAAAAGAAUUCGAAGAUGAGAUUUAAGUUAUUCAAAAAACAGAUUGCGACAAAUAAAAUAACAAUGAAGAACAAGAUGAAGAUGAUAAUGAUAGUAAUAUAUCAUCGUUUGAUGAAAAUGAAUUGUAAAGAGAAAAUCCAUAAAAUAUUGUCGAUUACAAAGUAAAAUAGUAAGGCACAAUGAGUUAUUUAGACAGUAUCUCAACUACUAACUCUUUGAAUAGUUAAUUGUCUCUCCAACGCAGCUCUAUUCUUUUAAAGAGAAGACAACAUCCUUGUAAAACUAUUGACGUAUGCUAGUAAGCUCCACACUCAUUAAGCCAGAUUGAUGAUGAAUACUGA